AUGGGUCUCCUUGAGCUACCACCUGAGCUUCUGCUUAUCAUCGCGGAUCACCUUGAGUUUCAGAGUGAUUUGAACUCGUUUGCGCAGACCAACCGAUGCACAUGGGCAGCCAUCAAUCGUUAUCUCUAUCGAUUCAACAUCGUCAAUCACCAGGGUCAUGGCAUUAUCAAAGCCACAAACGACAAUCAGCAAAGUUCAAUUCAAUACUUCAUCGAUGCCGGUAUCCGUGGGCUUGAAUCCUGGGACUGCCUGCCCCUGUUUUUUGCUUCCGGACGGGGGUACGACUCGGUCCUCAGCACUCUUCUUGAGGCAGGUGCCGCAUCAGACUUUGAAAUGAUACAAUAUGACCGACUCAUAAGUCCACUGGUAUACGCCUGCACCGGUGGACAUGAGAACGCAGUGAACUUAUUAAUCCAAUAUGGUGCUGAUGUGAAUCUCAACAUCCGUCCUCAGGCUCAAAGCCCUCUUCAUACAGCGGCUUAUUAUGGGCAUGAGUCGAUCGUCAGGGUAUUGAUUCAGCGUGGUGCCAACAUCGAGGCUACCGCUCAGAGCGUCAUCGGCGAUGGCCGGCCCCUUCACUUUGCCCUUCAAGGCAGGAAGCUCGAUGCUUUCCGGAUCUUGAUAGCCAAUGGUGCCACGGUGGACAGUUCUUUUUUUCACUGGGCAGUUAGUGCGGUGGGCAACGCAUGGGAAUUUUUGUUAGCGAUUCUUGAAACUGGCAUAGACGUCAAUUGCCGCGGAGACAAAUUCAGAGCUCCCCUUCACUCCGCUGCUAUGAACGGCGGCACAGACGUCGCCAGAUUUCUUAUCCAGAAAGGUGCAGACAUUGAGGCCAGAGAUGCCUCGCUCAGUACCCCUCUACAUAUCGGUGCGUCCUGGUGCAACACCAAUGUGAUUAAGAUAUUGCUUGAGCUCGGUGGAGCAGAUGUCCACGCACACGACCUAAAGGGUAAUACACCUCUGCAUCUUGUAACGACAGGCCUUGGAGAUCAUGACGAAAUCGGCACUGCGACAAUUCUUGUUGAAAAUGGGGCUUCCGUCGAAUCGCAGAAUAAUCAUCGGGAGACGCCACUUUUUCUAGCUGUGAGAAACAAGUCAGUGGCCAUGACCCAGCUCUUGAUUGAAAUGGGUGCCGACAUUGAGCAUCGUAACAAGCGGGGAGAAACGCCAAUUUAUUGUGCUCUGAGAACACAUUCCAAGCCCAUUAUCCAAUUGCUAUAUGUAGAGGGCUGUGAAACGGAGAUUCAGAACGCUCGCGGAGAAACACCUCUGGAUAUUUCUUCCAAGCAAAAUAUCAGGACGAAUAGGUUCUUUUGCGCGAUGAUGGAUGAAUGUCAUAAACCUCAGCGCGAAGAGUUGGAGGAGACCAGAGAAUUUUGA